CGCCUACCAAACAAUCACCGCGGAAAAAAUAUCAAUGCCGUUCAGCUGACUGAACUCAGUCCUUGUUCAAGUGAUAUCCAGACAUAUCUCUGUCGUCUUCGCACUGUUCGAACCAGCCGUAAAAGAGUAAUUCACUAUGGGUCGGCUUCCCUGGGGCAGGAAGAAUCCUCAUGUUUGUGCCAGUUAUGGUCCAGACACUGAUCUCAUGAAGUUCUAUUCCACUAUUUAUUCAACAAAGUAUGGCAAGGAUCCAUUUACUCCCAGAUAUGGAAAGCAUGUUGGAACCGGUUACCAGUCAAACUUCCGACCUGGAGUGUAUUACACCAAAAGACUGGAUGACUUGGACAAUCCAGCUAUGGGACGUAUCGUAGCUGACAAUUACCACUCUAUUACAACUAAGCAUUACCAAUCGUCCAGAGAUUCCGACGGCACUGACCCCUUACCAUGCAAUCUACACAUGCCUGGGAGUGGGUUUGUUCGCCAGGUUCCCAUAACAACACCAAUAGUGCGAGAUGUACAUAGUGUAUGUGUUGAUACGCGUGAUCAUGGUCCCGGAAUAACUGCCAGUGGUGUAUUACCCAAACACAAACCACGAUUACAUCAUCUCAGAUCUAAAGACCCAGUAGAACUUGAAAAUGUUGGACACGGUCCAAGGUUCAUGUCAACGGAGACACAUGAACGUUUCCAGGGUAUGCCCCAUGCCAAGUUACAUGUGAAUACACAACAUAAAUCGGUGGGCAAUAAUGAAGAGACGGGAUAUACGCACGCUUAUAACAUUGAACCAAUCACCUUCCAUCCUGCAUCGCCACAUAAGAAUGUUAGACCUGGUUGGAUGACAGACAGACCAAUUGGUAACAGGACUAUUAUGAAGACUGACUACCAGCCAUCUGAAUACCUACGUGGAAAUGAAAAAUUACCAGUUGUCAUAGACCGUUCUACCAGGGACACUGGUUUUACACGAGAAGUGGCCAAACCUCUUUACGUUAAUCCAAUUCCCGGUGAUGCAUACACCAAAUUACACGAUGUUCCAGAGGCUGCUCGUGCCCGAAUUCAAAAAGGAGACCCAGCUGAGUAUUUGAACCUGACCCAUCCCAAUAACCAUUCAUCUAUGGCUAUGAAAGCUUUCCAAGGUCAACAGAGACCAUCACCAAGUGAAUGUGAUAGACUGGCAAAAACUGCAAUUGGUUUGAAGGAAUCAUCCGGAUACAGUAGUAACCAGGAUAAGGAGGAGGCAUACGGUGAAGAUGAUCCAAGGAGGUGGUUGACACACUAUGAUACAAGGUUCUGGGACAUGAAUCCUAAAGGUAAAGCGAGAGCUGGACGUACAUUUGGAUCAGUCAUGGAACAUUUACCGAAUGGAUUUACACGUAGUACAGCAGUUCAUACACUGGGUGAUGAUAUUGACACCACGGCACAGCUACGACAUUUACAUCCAUACGUUGCAAGGAGUAUCAAGGCAACCGAUACGUUCUAUGAUGAUCACACGCAUGAUACAAAGAAACAUCCACAUCCACCGCUCCUUACAAGAUCUUUAACUGUGGCUUAAAUAUGAACUAUUGCCAGUGAAAAUUGUACCUUUGUGUACAUUUUAACGACACAAAUUUCAAAUGAAUUGUUUAAAAGUGGGUUUUGAGAGAGAGUUACAAAAAAUUGCUGCUAAUAUUUAAAAUAAAAAUUACUGUGGCAGAAAAUACUGUAAUUAUGUAUUAUGUAUUAUUAUGUAAUUAUGAUUCAAUCAUGAGUUUCACCUAAAUAAUGAGCCAAACAAAAAGCUGCCUUAAUGUAAUUGAAAUCAUGGACGUUCAAUUUGAGACAAAGUUUCUCCAACUGUUACAAGUACAUGUAUGGUAACAAUUAUGUAUUUAUUGAUAUAUUGGAUUUCUUGCGAAGUAGGUUUUUAAAUACAUAUAUUUACUACAGAAAAGUAGUAAGUAUGUAUAUACACAAGUGGAGGUGUAGAACUAAUUAUAAACCUUAUUGGAGGUGUAUAUAAACUACAUGUGUAUGUACAUCUGAAUAGAGAUACAAUUAUAUAUACAUGUAUAACUAUCUGGAGGUAUAUAACUUUAUAUACACCUAACUGCAGGUAUAUAAUUACACAUUGACCUCAAAUAUUGAACUGACCUCUGAAUUGAUAAAUACAACAAUUAUGAGUGGGAUAAUUUGUUUUUGCUUUUGUGAUUUUUUUGCACAUUGUCGUAAUAUUGUUAUUUUGUAAAGAAUUUGUUUAUUCCUUUUUUGAUCCAUGAUGCUUGUGGUGGAUGUUGUUUCUGUGGACAACCACUUUCAUUGCCACCAGUUAAUGGAUUAAUACGCUGACAGAAUUGUGGUUAUUGUUUUUAUAUUCAACACAAAUAUUUGCAUCUCAACAAGAUGCAGGAUUAGAAUUAAUAAAAAUGAAAAUUUUUCAACUUUAUAAUCAAAUAAAUUGUUUACAUAAAUCAGUAAACAAGAAACAUUGAAAAAAGUUAAAAGCUGCAAAACUGACAGUUGUGUUAAGUGGUAGUUGGUGAUCGUAGUCUUUGGUAAUUAUUCAAUAGAAGCAAAACAAAAUAGUUAAUCAGAUACUUCUAUGUCUGGUUAUAUGAAUGACUAUCAAGGACUAUGAUUACCAGUUUCCAUCUAUCUACAAUAAAUAUUGACAGUUUUGGUUAAUAGGAAACAAUUUUACAAAGCUUUCAUCGUAUAAAAACCCGGUAAUAGACAUUGGUUUGUAGAAAUAAUUCUUGUUAUUAUAUCAUGUAAUAUAACGUUGUGAUGAGAAAUAUUUGGUGCAAUUUUCCAGGUCCGUCCAUUUUGUUGUAAAAUCUGUAGAGGAGUUUGUUGUUUACAUUAUCACUCCAAAAUGUUAGCACGUCGCUCUGAUGCCGAGGUUUGUAUUAUGGUGAUGGUUCUAAUUGGGUAGUAUUUGUGAAUGCCAAGGUGACUCAACUUUAACUUUCUGUCGUUUAACAUGCAUUACAUUAUCACCUUGUAGUACAGAUAGAGUGUGUCUAUAUACAGUAUGUACAAAUCGGAAUUCUUCAUUGAUUUGCAUAUAUCCUUAUAUGGGCAUCAUACAACAUGACGCAUAUGUCACAUGUGAGGGAAAUGCAGAGAUAAAAAUUAACUGCGGUAUCAUGAAAUGUAUUUUGUACAAAUUAUGAAUACGAGUUGGUUGCCUUUAACUGUACUUUAUUUUCGCAUUUUUCUCAGCAUUGUAUUUCAACCCAUUUUACAUGUAUGUGUGUGACAUUAACAUAUUACAUUUUUUU